AUGCUGGAAACCAAAGAAAAUGCAAUCAUUGAAUGGAAUAAUCUGAAAACAGAUGGAGUCAUCACAGAGAGCACUGUUGGCAAUAGGUUUACAGUAAAAAUCAGCGAAACAAAAGUACUUACACUAAAAAAUCUAUUCAGGCUAUUGCAAUUUUAUCCUGACAUAUACGAAGGACGAGAAAAGAAGCACACAUCAUUUGAAGUUCCAAUUGGAGGAAAAGUAAGGAAAUUUCGUUUGGCUACAAGUAACCCUCGAUUUGGCGGCGUGCACCAGAUUUCUGUUUACUCCUACGACGACGACUGGCCAGGAACUACAAAAAGGGGGGGAAAGGGGCUUCCGAGUUAUGAUGUAAUGGUAGACAGAGUUCUUCGGCAGUUUCCCAACCACAAAACAUUAGCAGAAACAAUGGUAACAUCAGUUGACAAAACCCUUCGUGAGCAACCGAAUUUUGAGAACGUUCUAAAAGUUGGUGGCGUCGGACCAAGCACCGCCGAUACGGUUCGCGCUACGGUAGAAUUUUUGAUUAUUUCAAUGAUAGCGGAGGCUGCACAGCCUGCUGUUCAGUUCAAAACUAAUUUUAUAAAACAACUUGCAACAAAAAUCAAAGCUGGAAAACACUUUCCUAAACCAGAGGAUCUUCCAAAGCUUGUUAAGGUUGCAGGUCCAUCAGGCCGAACUCCUGCAAUGGACGAAAUAGUAAGGAAUGGACUUGAUUGUGUAUCAAAUGCAAAGAGGAAAUUUCACGAGGCGUUUGGUUCAUCCGAAUUUCCUACACGUGAUACCGGUGGGACCAAAAAAGGACGCCAAUUGAUGCACGAAAAAGGAUCUGAAACAGUUACCGCGUUUGCCUCACGCAAACGAGCAGCCCAAAGGCACGACCACAAAGAAAUCGAAAAAAAACUAGAGGAACUAUCAAGGGGAUACUGCGGAGGAACACGACGAAUAAAGAGAGCGUCAUGCUCAUUAGAAGAUAAAAAUUCAGUAACGGUUGACGAAGAUUCCAUCAAAAUAACAGAUCGAAAUGUUGAGUUUGAUGUAGUAGAUCGUCGGAAGGCAAAGGAACGAAAACACAUGACGCUAUCAUUAGAAGAUCUUGAUCUGGCAACACCAAAGCUUAUCCAGGAGCAUAUUACUAAAUCUCGAACCCCAGGAGCAACUAAGGCUUAUGCUAAGAUAAACAAAGGACUUGCUGUUCAUGGUCUAAUAUUUUCCGUUUUAGGGGCAGCCGAUUACUUUUCCAAUGGUGACAACAUUCGCGGAGGAUUUUCGUUGUCUCAGUCUGUGCACACUCUGGGUGGACUAACCAGUUUUAACGAAAUUGUGUCGAAGGUUGGCAAACGAAUUUUGAUUAACGCAGCCAAGGGAGUAGCAAAAGGUUUAAACUUAGAGAAAGGGCUAGAAAGAUUCUCUAACAAGGUAGAAAACUUUAUGGAGAAAGGAGUGGGGAAAAUGCUUGGAGACAUUCCUGGGGUAGGACUUGUGUUUGAUGUCUACUUCAUUGAGCAGGACGUGGAACAGUUGGCUAAUUUAGACUUCAAUAAUCCUGAAGAUGUUAAACUGCUUCCGCUCCGAGUGGUUGAUUUAGUCCUCGAUAUUGACACAACAGUACUCAACUUAAUCGGAACAUUUUGUCCGGCAGCAGAGAUCAUCACAGAGCCCCUUGUGAUUAUCCUCUCAAUUAUUCGAAUGGCUAUUGACGACUUUUAUAUUGAUAUAAUGGACGAAAUGGAGAAAGUGAAUUGGAAAAGUCCCUGGGCCGGCUUGGAGUUUCUAGGAGCGCUAGUUAAAGGAUCCAUUGAAGGAGCUGCCGAUUUCUUUACGGGAGGAUUGCGAAGGCAGAUGGAGUCUUAUCGGAAACAGGAGCAACAUGAUAAGAAACUAGUUCAGAACCUAACAAAGUUUGAAAGUUACUAUAAAAUUGUGGGGAAAACGGAAGGCGACCAUAAAACAAUCGACUUUACCAAAGGCAUGCUGUCUAGUUUUGGCGGCUAUAUCAACUUCAGGCUGUUAGACAACAAUCAUGCAAUGCUAGAAAUUGGAGAUGUUAGUGGUCCGGUCAAUGACAAACAUCACACCAUACGAAAGACAUUUAAGAUUGACCCCAAUCUUAAUGACAUUGUGCUUGGUUUAGGAGAAUCCAGAACUUUCACGUACAAGCACAAAAAAGCCAAGCUUUGGUUUGUGAUUCCGAUCAAAUCUUAUAAAGUUAUUUGUGGAGCCAAUAUGCACGAAAAAUCAGUUUAUGGAACGUAUUAUGGCAACUCAAAAAACAAUACAUUUUAUGCCGUACAGAAGCCUAAAGACACAACGACACCAGGCAAGGACGAAAACAAAGCUCACGAGGAAUGCAAUUUUGGAAAUUUAAAUGUGAAGUUUGCAACUGGCAAUUAUCAUUACAAUCUCUAUGGGCGGGGAGGUCGGGACACCUUUUAUUUAGGACCCGAAAUGUCAACUGUGACAGGAGGAGAAGAUACUGACGUGUACAUUAUCCAAUCAGACGGUGGUAAAACCAUUAUUGACAACUUUGCAGAAGAUGCGAAGCGUGACAUUGUUGUAAUUAACGUUCACUAUGACAGUAUCGAGUGCCAUCAGAGCAGAAAGGACCUUGAUGUUAUUUACUCUAAGAGCCACCAUAUUCGUAUAAAGAACUGGUUCACUCCCGGAAAUGUUAACUACUACAGACAUAUAACAUUUCGUAGUAAAGAUGGAGUAAUUUUUGUUCCCAAAGAGACGUCGGCAAGUAGCGCCGAAAAUGCAGUUCAGUGCUCGGCAGUUGCUCUUGAUCUCAGCUCCGCAAAAGCUCCACAGAGGGCAUCCCUUACUGAUUCGAAAUUCAUACACGUCAAACAGGUAACUGGUUCCAAUGAAAUCGACAAUAUUGUUGGUAAUGACGUCAACAACAUUCUUGAUGGAGGGAGAGGGGCAGACUAUCUGACUGGAGGGAAAGACGAAGACACCUACAUCAUUAGAGCCAAAGAAGGAUGCGACACUAUUGACAACAAUGCUGAAGACUUCUUGAAUACCACUGACGUUUUAGUUUUCGAAGUACCGUUUGAUGAGAUAGAAGUACAUACAAGAGGAAAUGAUCUUUCAGUAACGGACAGAAACAAUCCACAGACCUCGUGCUUCACCGUGUCGAACUGGCUCUUAGGCUACCAAUACAGACAUAUUCUCUUUACUUCAUCAGAUCACGUGGUUUUCAAUGUCACUACCAGCAAAUCUGGAAGAGUAACCAAAGUGCCAAUUAUGCUGGAUUAUAAAACCUCUGCCAGUGCAGUCUGUGUUGAUUUGUCCGAUUCCGCUAGCCAAGAUUGCAUCAAGCCACCUGGUUUUGCUUAUGUCGCUACCAUCUCGGACUCCCCAUUGAGUGACCACAUUGUGGGAAAUGCACAGUCUAACUUCUUGAGUUGCAGCGGUGGAGAGGAUUUUCUUGAGGGCGGGGAAGGUAGUGACAACUAUGUUGUAAAGAAAUCAUGCACGAAAGCCACAAUUAACAAUUUUGACAGUCGUAAAAAAUCGGAUUUAUUGUACAUUGAUGCGACCUUUGAAAUCCUACAGUCAGAGAAGCAUAACUCUGAUUUGAGAAUAAUUUCUAAACGCGGGACACCAGAAAUCACUCUUCGCAGUUGGUUUGAAUCGAAUGAGAGCCAACACCUUGGAGUACGAACUGCGGAUGGAGUUACUUUAAGAAUUGGAGAAGAGGGACAACUCGAGCCCAUUGAGGUGUCUAAGGAUCCCAAUGAAUGUCGGUGCAAAAACGCAGAAUGUAACACCGACGUGAUCACCUACAAUCUCAGUGAAGCUCCUUGGACAUCUGUAAUCCGUUUUCAGUUGAAAUCCAGUCACUGUAGUUACACAAUUUAUGGAAACAGUCUCAAUAAUUACCUUGACCCAGGGGCAGGUAAUGGCUACAACUAUCAACAUUUGGAAGGAAGAGGUGGAUCUGACACUUAUGUUCUUAGCCAUGGAUAUGGAGAGUUUAACGAGAUCAACAAUUUCGCCGACGACAACACGACAGACAUUCUUCAGUUUGGAGUGGAAUUUGAAGAUAUAGGCGUAUAUUUCCACGCCGAGAAUGACGUAAUUCUUGCAUCAAAGUCACGCUCAAGCUCUCUUAGUGUUCGAAUUCUAGAUUAUUUUCGCAGUUACAAGUAUCAACAUCUUCAGAUUGUCACAGCAAACAAAGUUACCUUUGAAAUCAUGCAGGAGCACCCGUACAGAAAAGUUAUCUCCGUCGAUCGCACUCACGUUGACUCGCCACAAAACAUUAGUCCUGAUACAAAUCCCAUAAUCGCACAAGCCAAAGACUUGAAAGGAUCCUUCUACCAACGAGCUUAGUGGCAAUGACCACACUCGAGAAAUUGAUGGAGGAUCCCAGGGAGACAUUCUUCGUGGAGGAGACAACGGUACAGUGUUAGAGGGCAAGGAAGGGAAUGACAAGAUUUACGGUGGUGCUGGAAAUGACAUCAUAUUUGGCGGAGACGGAAAUGAUGCAAUUAAUGGCGGUGCUGGAGAUGAUUACAUUUACGGUGGUAACGGAAAGGACAUCAUUGACGGCGGGGACGGUAGUGACACAUUAAUUUUUAGUGGUAACGGCUUUCGACGUGAAGGUGUCCGAGUUGAUCUAAAUAUUGGAUUUGGGAAGAAAGUAGAUGCGGAAGGGGAUAAAUAUCUGAAUGUUGAAAACGUUUUUGGUACAAUUCACGACGACGUCAUGGUUGGAUCCUUUUCAAACAACAAACUUUAUGGGCUUGAUGGAAAAGAUACAUUUAUUGUUCUUGGUGGUGACGAUUUGCUGGUUGGGGGCGAAGAAAAAGAUUUGUAUAUACUCCAUCAAGCCUCGGGGAUAAAAGUAAUCGACAACUAUGCAGAAGACGAAGUUGAGGACACUCUGUCAUUACUUUAUUUCAAUUCUGUCGAUCUGUGCGCAUUCUUAGUUGGCAAUGACUUACAUUUGCAAGUCGCUAUGACAAACGUAGCUUCUGCGUUGUAUCAUGGUCGACAUCUAGCAAUAACGAUGAUCAACUGGAAAGUAAGUGAAAAAUACCGGCAUAUGAAGAUUGCAUUUAAUGACACACUGUGGGAAGGAGUUGCUCUAUCAGGGAUCAUUUCCAAGUUUUACGAUUUAGAAAAUAGUGUGAAUUAUGUCACUACUGGUACAAACCUACGUGUUACAUCUAAAAGUGACACAAAAAUACGUUUAGCAUGGAGAAAAAUCGACAGUCUUUUGUUGUCUUAUCCGAAUACUAAACUUUAUCUUAUAAAUUUUAACUGGCGUGAACCACAAAACGUACACACAACACCUGUGAAUAGUCAGACUUCAGUCACGGUUUCGUCACUAGAAUCUGCUGCCCACUACGUAUUUUCUCUUGUGCUGAAGAAGUGUAAUACUACAGUUGCUGUAUCUUAUACAUUGACAACGUUUGGACGCGAGAGAAAUUGCCCCGCAGCGCUGGUACAAUAUUCGACCGUGCAAUACUCUCCAGGAACUGUUGUAUCUACACCUAAUCAUGGGACUAUUGCCACUGUGACAUGUAAUACUGGAUACACCAUUGAAGACCGAAUGGCCGCAAGAAAAAGCACGUGCAUUGAUGAGGAAUGGAUCCCUUCACUUCCGACUUGCAACAGAAUACAGCAAUGUUCAACUCCCAAAAAACCAACCAACGGAGAGGUUUCUGCAGCAGUACUCGACGAAGGAUCGAAAGCGCAUUACGUCUGCCAUAAAGGAUACCGUCUUAGUGGUCCCAAGGAGCGUACGUGUGUACAUGAGUUCUGGAGUGGAACUGACCCUGCGUGCCAGCCUUUGAACUGCCCGAGACAAUUAAACGUUGACAAUGAAGAAUUCUAUCCGUGUAGCUACAUGACGCAUGCAAACAUGUAUGGUACGAUAGAUAGUCCUCUUGAGGGUUACUGCAUUAGACUUCAGUGCUCUAACCCCAAUUAUAGACCUAGUCACGAAUUGCAAGGCAAAAUUUAUGGUCCGCGAUGGGAGAGUGACUGGAAUAUACCACAAGGAGGAAGAGUGUGUAAUGAUGGAAAGUGGAUUGGCUAUGUGGAUGACAAGUGUGAACCAACAUCGAAACUGUUUCACGUGGAAGAUGAGUGGAAUAUGAAAAAGGGUUUGCUAAUUCUUUGGGAAAAUGGUGCUUGGAACGUAGCCUCUUCUUCACCAAACAACGAAAGAUUGCGCCUCUCGUGCAAGAGCAUGGGAAUAGAUGACCCGCAGCAUGUGACUUACACUCUGAACAGAAGAUCACAGAUAAAAGUUGCUUGUACCAAACUACGUUUAGUAGCUCCUAAACCAACCAGAUAUGAAGGCAAAAUUGAAGUGUUGAAUAACAACGGACAAUGGGAAGGAGUUUGUGUGACGAAACAGGAACGCAAGCGAGUAAUACUGCGAGCAACGAAAUUUGUUAUGCACUUGGCUUCAACUUCAGAACAUCGGUGGUAA